CCUCCUCCUCCUCCGUCCCUGCUCUGCUCCGAGAGGCCUCGCUGUUGCCAUGUGGAUCCAGGUGCGCACCAUCGACGGCGCCCAGACCCACACCAUCGACGACCUCAGCCGCCUGACCAAGAUCGAGAGCCUCCGCGAGAAGAUCCAGGAGAGCUUCCGCGUCAGCCCCGACAGGCAGCGCCUCUUCUACCGGGGAAAGCAGCUUGAAGAUGGACAUACCUUAUUUGAUUAUAAUGUUGGACUGAAUGAUAUAGUUCAGCUUUUGAUACGCUCAGAAUCUGAUGCUCCUACAAUUUCAUUGACUAAUAAAGAUGGAAAACCUAGUCCCUGCAAUGUUUCCAACUGUAAGAACAAAGUCAAGCAAGGAACAAACAGUGGAUCAUCUAAUCUGCCAUCUACAUCAGCCCGCUCAUUUCUUAUUGAUCCUGGCAUUGGACGAUACAAGAUAAAUGAACUGGUAGAUGCCCGCGAUGAGACGAUAGGAUCGUGGUUUGAAGCCCAUAUAGAAAAUGUAACUCGAACAACGAAAGGACAUAAAAAUGGAAAAGCACAAGGAAAGAGUGGCAGUAAUUACAAAAGGACUAAUGGAAAUUUAAGCCAAGAACACUCUAGAGAAAAUAUCAAUCAUUUGGACAAUGCACCUUCUACAUCUUAUUCAGAUUAUAUGGACAAUGAUGAAGAUACGAUAUAUCAUAUCAAGUAUGAUGAAUAUCCGGAGAGUGGCAUUGUAGAAAUGGCUGUCCGUAACCUACGACCACGAGCAAGAACUAUUUUGAAAUGGAAUGAGUUAUGUGUGGGUGACGUGGUGAUGGUUAACUACAAUGUAGAGAGUCCAGAAGAGAGAGGAUUCUGGUUUGAUGCAGAAAUUACCUCUUUGAGGGAAAUUUCAAGGACUAACAAAGAAGUUUAUGCCAAAAUUAUGCUGGGGGGUCCAGAAGAUGGUAUAAAUGACUGCAAACUUCUUUUUAUAGAAGAAAUAUACAAGAUUGAAAAGCCAGGAGCGUAUCCUCUGACAUUUGCAGAUGGAGAGUUCAGAAGAAAGAGUGGUCCUGAAUGCAAGCACUGCAGGGCUGACCCAGAUAAAGAAUGCCGAUUUUGUUCCUGUUAUUUGUGUGGGGGGAAACAAGAUGCUCACAUGCAACUUCUUUGCGAUGAGUGUAAUAUGGCCUACCACAUAUACUGCCUGAAUCCACCUUUGAGCAAGAUACCAGAAGAUGAAGACUGGUACUGCCCUUCCUGUAAAAAUGAUUCCGAUGAAGUUGUAAAGGCUGGGGAAAAGCUAAAGCAAAGCAAAAAGAAGGCAAAGAUGCCAUCUGCAUGUACAGACAGCCAACGAGAUUGGGGCAAGGGUAUGGCCUGUGUUGGCCGCACUAAGGAAUGCACUAUUGUUCCUUCCAAUCACUAUGGACCUAUACCUGGAGUUCCAGUUGGAGCAACCUGGAAGUUCAGAGUGCAGGUGAGUGAAGCAGGUGUUCAUAGACCUCAUGUUGGUGGAAUCCAUGGGCGUAGUAAUGAUGGCGCUUACUCCCUUGUGCUGGCUGGAGGAUUUGAAGAUGAAGUAGAUCGAGGGGAUGAAUUUACUUACACUGGGAGUGGAGGAAGAGAUCUUUCUGGCAAUAAAAGGAUUGGAGAACACUCAUUUGAUCAAACUCUAACACACAUGAACAGGGCACUGGCCCUAAAUUGUGAUGCCCCACUGGAUGAUAAAAUCGGAGCUGAGUCUAAAAACUGGAGAGCUGGAAAGCCCGUGCGAGUGGUUCGGAGCUCAAAGGGUCGAAGAAUCAGCAAAUACGCACCUGAAGAAGGCAAUAGAUAUGAUGGGAUUUACAAGGUGGUGAAAUACUGGCCUGAAAUCGGAAAAUGUGGAUUCUUAGUUUGGCGCUAUCUUCUGCGAAGAGAUGAUGCUGAACCUGCACCUUGGACUCCAGAAGGAAUUGAAAGGUCAAAGAAAUUGGGCUUAAGUUUACAGUACCCAGAAGGCUAUUUGGAAGCCAUGGCUAGUAAAGAAAAGAAGGAUAAAGUUAAAAAACAACCUAUGAAACAGGAGACAACAGAACAGAGCAACGGAAACCAGAAAAGACCAAUCGAUGAUGAAGGUAUAGAAGAACCAGAAAACACAGCCAAAGCUAUGAAGAUGGGAGAUGGAGGGAAAAGAGAAGCUUUUCAUCUAACUCAGCAACAGGAGUGGUUGAUUCAGGAAGACUCUCUGAACCAGAAACUGUGGGAUGAAGUUUUAGUUUCUCUUAAGGAAGGACCAAAUUUUUUGAAGAAACUGGAGCAAUCUUUUAUGUGUGUCUGCUGUCAGGAGCUGGUUUACCAACCAGUGACCACAGAGUGCCUCCACAACGUCUGCAAAAGCUGUUUACAGCGCUCUUUCAGAGCUGAAGUCUUCACCUGCCCUGCUUGCCGACAUGACCUUGGAAAGGGCUACACCAUGGUUCCCAACAAGAUACUUCAGACACUACUUGACCAGUUCUUUCCUGGUUACAGCAAAGGACGAUGAUACAUGUUCUGUUUCUGACAUACUUCUCCUAAUGACUUAUAGACUGCAAAAAAAGAAGAGAAGCUAGGACAACUCAACAGUGGACCAGCUGGCUUGAGGAGAUUCACUUUACUGUCACAUUGUGAAGCAGCUCAGUCUUUUUCCCUGUUUAGCAGCCUUUUUGUGUAGUAAGAACUUCAAAUUCUCAGCUGUCUUUCAGCACUGAAGGUAGUUUUGGAGAGAUGCCAACUAGUUUGUGCACUGAAAAAAGAAGCAGCAGCAGCUUCAGCUCUGGCCAUAGGCACAGCAGAUGCUUCAGCUUGUUUUUGCAACUACCUCAGACGGAGGAAAACAAUUUGCAGAGAAUUUUAAGAGUGCACCAGAUGAAGUUAGCUACACACUGCCUCCUGAAUAUUAGCUUUGCCUGAUCCAUGUGGUUUGUUUUCACAAGAAAACAACACUAAGCCAGUUUUUAUUAUGAGACAUAAAUUCUGUGGUGUGCAUAAUCCUUUUUUUGUGUGUGUGCGUGUUUCCUUCCAUUAUGCUGUAUUUCUUACUACUUUUGCAAGAACAGGCUUUUAGUCUAUUUUUGUGAGCGUCAUUGUGCUCUGGUAUCUUAUGCAAGUUGACUACUAAUGACUGAGAACAAUAUGAAUGCAUUGUUGCUGUUAAUGUAAAGUGAUUCGUGUUUUUUGCACUUAAAGAGGGUAUUCAGCACACUCUUAGCUGUGUAAAAACUUUCAUAUGAAACAAGCCACUUUUAUAUUAAGUAAAACUGUAUGCUUUUAGUAGGUCUUGUACCAGUGGCAAUACAUCUUAUGCAGCAUUGAGAGCAGCGCUAGCUUGGAGAGGGCUCAAAUCGCUUCAUAUUGUGAUCUGAAAUUUUAUAUACAGCAUAUUCCUCUCCCCUGAAUAUUCCCUAUUAAAUAUUUUAUGAUUCAUAAAGUGUUAAUUGUUUGUAUUUUACAGCCAUAACACUCCGAAAGUAAGCAUUUCCUACAGGAGGUCUUUUAUAGUUACAUAACAUUCCAUUUGAAAUUUUUGAUAAGCAGGGCAAAUAAAUUGGGAUUUAGAUUAGUCUUUGGGGCGUUUGCCUUGGAAAGCUGUAUGUUACAAAAAUGUAUUUUAAAAGUCUUUUGUUUUGAGGAGCUGACAUUUUCAUCUCUUUUGAUUGUAUUUACUGUUAUCACAACUGACAAUAUUUAUCUUGUUUAAAACUGUAUAGAACAUUUCAUAUAUUUCUUAGUAAUCCCUGCAAUCUUCAGGGUAGGCUGGUAUUACCCCUAUAUUGCAUUUAGGGAACUGAAGCUUUGAGAUACUAGGUUGGUUUGGCGUUAUGUGAACAAGGCUGCUUGAGUGUGGAUGUUCCUUCCCUUUCCUCACAGUACAAGCCAAAGAAAGGGAUUCAAAUGGAAAGUAGAAACUUGCAAAUUAACUGUAGUGAUGUGUGGAACCAGGAUAGUUCAAACUAUCAUAAACACAAGUUCAAGCUACCUUGUGCCAAAACAGUCUCUGCAGUAGAACUAAAAACACAAAGGCAGCCCAGUUUUUAGUAUGCUAAAUGCUCUCAGUAGAGUAAGUUCUGUUGAGUCUGUUAUACCCACUUACUCCCAGGUAAGUGGGUAUAAAAUUACAGUCUCUUUGAGAGGGUGAUUGCAGAUGCACAACAAAGAUCCUUCUGCCAUAAGCAGAAGGGAACUUUCUCAUUUCUCCUCUGCAGUCAUCCCAAACGUGUCUGGAGGAGACCACAUGCCAGAUUAGGGACCUAGUGUGUGUUGGGACAUCUCUGCUCGUUCAAAGGCUCUCUACUCAGUGUUGGCCAACCAGUCUCCCACUCCUUGGAAGCAUUUCUGAGGGCCAGAGAGGUCUCUUCCGUGAGCCUUCUUCAGUAUGUGGUAAAUCUAAGCCUUUAAGUUUGCAUCUUACUUACUUUGCUGAUAAGCACAGAGUGCAAAGGUUGGAGCUAUGAAUAUAAAAAUCAUCGUAAGUCCUGUGUGUCAUCAGCUCCAAUGAUCAAAUCACCUUUCAGUGCUCAUUAUACAAAAGCUAAAUUUUGGGAAACAUGUAUAAAACAAAUUUUGAGCGAUCUCUUGGUGUUUCUUUUUUUCAGCCUGCUCUGUAUAACAGGUUUAGAAGAGUUCAUAGCAGCCAGAUUGGCGGCAUGAGUGUCUUCAAUGUGUAAUUCCAUUUUAGUCAUUGCAGCACAUUUGUUUAUUGUAAGAUAGCUGCUUUUAAAAGUGUUUUUGUUUUCUGAUGUGUGCUGUAAGGGAUAUAUGGCCAUCCUUUAAUUUCAAAUAAAUUCAGAUUCCGUUUGUUGCA